AUGUAUUUCUAUCAAUCCCAUCCUGCAAGUUUAUUGUCAGCGAUGGAUAAAACGGCUGCGCCAUGCGUCGAUUUUUUUCAAUAUGCCUGUGGCACGUGGAACCACAUGCACGUAAUACCCGAGGACAGAAGCUCUAUAAAUCCCUUUGAAGUACUCUCGGAUCAACUCAAAAUAAUCCUUAAACGUGUCCUCGAGGAGCCACCCAACAUGGAGGACAACAGUGCUAUUUUCAAGGCCAAGCAAUUUUAUAGAUCUUGCAUGGAUAUACCUCAAAUUCGAAAAAUUGGGGAUGUUCCACUGAAAGCAAUCCUUAAGGAAUUGGGAGGAUGGCCGGUGGUUGAAGGAGACAAUUGGAAGCCACCGCCCCAGAGCAUUGAAAUUCUUCUCGGACGACUGCGUGCGGAUUUCAAUGAAGGGGCCUUGAUGGAGCCGUGGGUUGGUCCCGAUGAUAAGAACUCCUCGACCAACAUCCUCCAGUUGGAUCAAAUGCAGUUGGCAUUACCGAGUCGUGAUUACUACUUGAAUUCGAGCAGCGAGCGAGAGCUACGUGCUUACCAUAAUUACAUGACGAAUGUGUCAGUACUUCUGGGUGCAGAACCAAAAAGAGCUCGCAUUGAGUUUGAGUACGUGAUUGACCUCGAAAAGGAAUUAGCUAAUGCAUCAAUGCCAGAGGCAGACAGACACGACACAUCCCUGAUUUAUCAGAAAUUAAAGCUCAAGGAAUUGCAACGUAGAAUUCCACAAAUCAAAUGGAGACUUUAUCUGCAGCAAUUUUUAAAUGCCUCAGCAUUCACUGACGAUGAACCCGUUGUGUCUUAUGCAAUUUCAUAUCUAAUCCAGAUGGGGAGAAUCAUCGAAAAAACCGAUCGAAGAACUCUUCAUAAUUAUCUUCUCUGGCGGUUAGUUAUGUCAAUAAUGCCCCACAUGAUCGACGAAUACCAACAAAAACGUGUGGAAUUCCGUAAAAUUCUCUCAGGAAUUUUGAGCGAACGAAAUCGCUGGUCCCAGUGCGUCGAGUGGACCAACAAGAAAUUGGGAAUGGCCGUUGGGGCCUUAUUCAUCCGAGAUAAUUUCAAUCACGAGAGCAAAGUGACUGCUCUUGAGAUGAUUCACACGAUUCGCGAGGCAUUCAAUGAACUUCUAGCAGAGAAUCAUUGGAUGGAUGAGGAAACACGAGCUGUUGCCAAAAGCAAAGCUGAUUCUAUGAACGAGAGGAUUGGGUAUCCCGAUUUUUUGAGGAACUCGGUGGAACUGGAAAAUGAAUAUUUGAUGCUGAAUAUCACUGAGGACCAUUUUAUCGAGAAUGUUUUUGCUGUUUUGAAAUACGAUGCUCACCACAAUCUUCAGAAACUUCGACAACCAGUGGAUAAAGAUAAAUGGUCAACAGAGCCAGCAGUGGUGAAUGCCUUCUAUCAUCCGAACAAAAAUGAUAUUGUAUUUCCAGCGGGCAUUCUCCAGCCUAUCUUCUACUCCCAGCACUUUCCCAAGUCUCUGAAUUACGGUGGGAUAGGCGUGGUGAUUGGGCACGAGAUUAAAUGGGUAACGACACAUGGUGAAGAACCUCGCCUCCCUGGCAUAAAUCUAACUCACGAUCAACUAUUUUUUCUUAACUAUGCGCAAAUCUGGUGUGGCUCGAUGACGCCUGAGGAUGCAUUAACAAAAAUUCGCAGUAGCGUUCACUCCCCAGGACCUUUCAGGGUCCUCGGUCCACUCUCCAACAGUGAAGAUUUCGCCAGGGCCUACAAUUGUCCCCCAGGUUCCCCGAUGAACCCCAUCCACAAGUGCAGCGUCUGGUAAUCAUAUUUAUUUAGCCAGAACCAAAGGAUAAUCAAAUAUAUGGAAAUUAAAAUAAAAAAUAAUCAUAUUGAAUAAUUGCAUAAUUGAACGGGGGACCGAAGCAUCCCAAUGUGUUUCUAAGAGCUUUAUAACUGACAAUGUUCAUGCAUUGAUUAUUCAGUCUUCAGGGCUUGAAUAAUUGUGUAAAAUCCGUGGUCAAAUCACAUUACAGUAUAAUUUUCAAUUAUUUCACAAAAAAUAACGUGAACUCCAUAAGUUCCAGUCAAGGGCAAUCUCUUGAAAUUUGUAGGUAAAAAAUCUAAAAAUAUAAUUUAUCGGUGACUCAUUUUUCUGCAACUCAACCACUGGGGCACCCGAAACCUAGAAAUCGGGGAUUAUUUAUUGUACCACAUUUGUUGGAUGAAGAAAGUAAAUUUAAUAUAAUUUUUGAAAAAAAACCAAGUGGAAAAUUCACAAAAAAUAUACAUAGACUUAAUGGAUGUUCAAUGUCUCUGCACAAUUGUUUUAAUAUAAAAGCAAAAAAUUCAUUGGACGCUAGAAUUAAUCAUCGUUAAUUGAAGGGGGUGAUUGAUAAUUUGACGAUUGAAUUUAUUCAGCAUUAAGUGGAGAUUGUCUCGACAAUUUUUGACCAGAAAAUAUCUAUGAUUUGUUUUCAAUUUUCAACGUCGUUAAACAUUGAAAAAUAUUUAGUGGUUGAAAAAUUAAUCAUGGUUCGGUGAAAAAAUAAUUGAUACUUAAGUAUUUAAAUAAAAAGAGCAUUUCAUGUAUUUGUUGAAAGUUUUACUCUAAUAUUGUAACAUAUUAUCGAUACAUAGCAGCAUGGACCAUGCCUUGCCUGUUUCUAUGUGAAAAAAAUGAGGAAAAGAAAGAGCAGAAAUAUAAAUAUUAUACAAUAUACGAAGGCUUCACUCAUUAACUCAUCAUCAAUCCUCCAACGAUGCGGUACUCUCACGAUAUUGAUCCAUCAAUCAGCAUAAAUAAUCCAAUUAUUUUCAAUGGCAUAUCUGUCAUUGAAUCCCACGCUAUUCACCUCGCCCCCUUAUCUCUCUGUAUAAAAAGGUAAAUUUAAUUUCGAUUUGUACAUAUUGCACGCUCCAAUAUUAAUCACCUAAUCAGUAAUAAUUAUCAUUAAAUUAAUCAUUGAUAACAAUUAAUGCAUAAUCAUACGCAAUUCAAAUACUUCUAAAGAAACAGGGAAUCAGUUGUAAACGGAUGAGAGAAGAUCAAUUCAAAGGUUAAAUAAAAUUCAACUAUCUCCACCACAAUAAUAUCCCCGAACAAAAAAAAAAUAUCAAUCGAAUUAAUCUUCUUCCGUGAAUAAAACCCAAAAUUUAACACAAACUCCACUAAUAGUCACUCGUUCAUUACUUCACUUCACUUUAUUAUUCUUUUAAUAAUCUAUAAUCAUUACUCAUCAUUCCCCUCAACUCUUUACCCGCCUAUUAUGCCACUUAAAUACAAAUGUGUCUGGUUCGUCAUCAACCACUCGUGUAACGUGUACGUGUAUUUUCAUUAGUAUUAAACUAAAAAUUAAUUAAAUUUUAAUUAAAAAUAAUAUUAGCAUUUUAUCAUUUCAUUAUCAUGCAUAAUGAAUUAUUAUUCAUCAUAAUAAUACAAUAACUAGAGCCACCAACUGCUCCUGUACAAUGUUUAUAUGCGGACAUUUUGUUUUAUUUUCUAUUUCAUUCCAUCUCAGAAUAACUCCGAUCACUUUUCAUUGCUCAAUGAUGUCCCUCUCCCUUUUCCCUUUUUUUUUUCCUAUUUUCAUGUCAAUAAUGCGCACUGAGCCGCGGAAAAUUACACGAUACGAUGCCGCUUGUUACAUUAAAAUAAUGUUAAUAAUUACAAAAUCUACAUUUUUAUUUUCGGUAAUGUCUCGUUAAUUCAACCAAUUUUCCGUCCCCUGUGUUUCUGAGAUCUGAGAUUUUUUGGUGUUUCCGAAGAGAAAUUAUCCAUCAACCAAUUGUUUAUACAUUUUAUGUGAAAAAAGGGGACGAUUUGGUAGUGAAAUCAGCAGUUAAAUGUAAAACGGGUCAAAUAGACUCUUAUUAACAAUCAGGUUUUUCCGUGAAAUCUCCAUCAAAUUUUGAGGGAUUUGAGAAAAAUCUGAUCGAUCAGAAGAAUCGAAUUGUCGUUUUGCUACUGAAGUCAUCGAUUGAGGAAAAUCCUCUCGGUCAAUAUA